UCUCCAUUUCAGGUGGAAUUCUCUUACCCACCCCUGAUUCCAGGAGAUGGACACGACAGCCCCACCAUACCUGAGGAAUGGAAGUACCUGCCCUUCCUGGCCUUACCAGAUGGUGCACACAACUACCAGGAAGAAAUGGAAAUGGAGCCACCGUAUAUGGUAUCUCUUGCUAUCGGCAGAUUGAAGCCAAGGCGUUGAAGGUCCGGCAUGCAGAUGUCACCAGAGAGACCGUGCAGAAAAGCGUCUGUGUUCUAAGCAAGCUGCCUCUCUAUGGCUUGCUCCAAGCAAAACUUCAGCUCAUUACACAUGCAUAUUUUGAAGAGAAGGAUUUUUCCCAAAUUUCCAUUCUAAAGGAACUCUAUGAACAUAUGAACAGCUCCUUGGGAGGAACGUCAUUGGAGGGGUCCCAAGUGUAUCUGGGUCUGUCUCCUCGGGAUCUUGUGCUUCAUUUUCGACACAAGGUCUUAAUUCUGUUUAAAUUAAUUCUUCUUGAAAAAAAGGUUCUCUUUUAUAUUUCUCCAGUGAAUAAAUUGGUGGGUGCCCUGAUGACUGUGUUAUCCCUUUUUCCAGGCAUGAUCGAACAUGGUCUCAGGGACUGUUCUCAGUACAAGCCUCGAAAGAGCAUGUCUGAAGAUGCUGGGCUUCAGGAAAACACCCCGCCUGCAGACGACUUUGUGUCUGUGUCUGCUCCUAACAUUGCAUAUACCAACUCGGAAACUGUCCAGAAAAUCCCGACAGGAAACCACGUUGGAGAUGCUGCCAUCACAAUGGAAGAACCUUUGUUCCCAGUAGAAGACAGCAGCAAAGGGCAGGGACUCGGCGAGACCAGUCCGUAUUUGAAACCUCCUUCUCGUCCAUCUCCAGAGUCUUCAGAAAGUGACUGGGAGACCUUGGAUCCUAGCGUCUUAGAGGAACCCACCUUGAAAGAACGGGACCAGGUGGGGUCAGAACAGACAAACUCCUUUCCCAGGGAGUCGGUGCCCUCAGACAGUGCUCCGAUUACUGUACAGCCUCAAGCCAGUAUGGGCCAGGUGGUCCUGCUCCCAGGGCUCAUUUCCGGUUUAGAAGAGGACCAGUACGGCAUGCCUCUGGCCAUCUUCACCAAGGGUUACCUGUGUCUGCCUUACAUGGCCUUGCAGCAGCACCACCUUCUCUCGGAUGUCACCGUGCGGGGGUUUGUGGCUGGAGCUACUAACAUCCUUUUCCGACAACAGAAGCACCUCAGUGACGCCAUCGUGGAAGUGGAGGAGGCGCUGAUCCAGGUCCAGGACCCGGAACUGAGGAGGCUGCUCAGCCCCACCACGGCCGACCUCAGGUUCGCCGACUACCUGGUGAAGCACGUGACCGAGAACCGCGACGACGUCUUCCUGGACGGCACGGGCUGGGAGGGCGGCGACGAGUGGAUCCGAGCGCAGUUCGCCGUCUACAUCCACGCGCUGCUGGCCGCCACGCUGCAGCUAGAUAAUGAAAAGGUGCUCGCGGACUACGGGACGGCCUUCGUGAUGGCGUGGAAGAACACUCACAACUACAGGGUCUGGAACAGCAACCGGCACCCAGCACUCGCGGAAAUAAAUCCGAACCACCCUUUCCAAGGCCAGUACUCGGUGUCCGACAUGAAGCUACGAUUCUCACAUUCUGUUCAAAACAGUGAACGCGGCAAAAAAAUUGGAAACGUCAUGGUCACCACCAGCCGGAAUGUCGUCCAGACUGGGAAAGCUGUUGGCCAGUCCGUGGGAGGAGCUCUUUCCAGCGCAAAGACAGCCAUGUCCUCCUGGCUUUCCACCUUCACCAGUUCCACCCCCCACAGCCUCCCGGAGCCGCCCAGCGGGAAGCCGUGAGCAGGCCCAGAGGUUGCUGAGUUUAGAGGAUCCCCAGGCUGUUCUCCAUCAGCCACAGGUCCACAGCCGGGGACCGAUAUGUUGAACUGUUUACAUGGAUGGUCGGACGGUCGCCCUCUGUCUGAAUGAAUGUCACAGGAUGCUGGAAAGAUUCAGUCACAGCCACAGCAGGGAUGGCUCUCCAGGUUGGGGUUUGAAUCGACUACUUUUAUUUCAGUCUGAGCCUGAUCAAAACACGCCGUGUCCCUUCCGAUGGGAUUCCCAGUUCUGACCGCGCACACUUGUUUACUUUAGGAAAGUUUUUACGUAUGUAAAUUUUGUUCUGUUUUGAUAUUUGAAUAGCUGGAUGAUCAUUGUAAUUUAUUAGUGUUAAAAUUGUUGUAAUAGUAUAUUAAUUUCUCUAAAGUUGGCCCUAAAAUAUGCUUAUAAAGUUAAGGGUCCAUACUACCCAGCCCUUGGUUAUUAUUUUU